AUGAAAGAAAAGAACUUAAUCCAAUAUUUAUUUGCAUCAAAAAAGAAGAAAAAUACUACAGCUGGUAGUGUGGGUGAUAAACAAAAAUAUGAUAGACGUUUAUUGGCAUUUCUAUCAUCAGAUCAGCUCGAUGCAACAUUAUAUCGUCGAAUUCUAUUGCAAAUACCAACGAAAAUCAUUCCACGUAUGGCUAAUCCAAUUCUUCUAGCUGAUUUUUUGACUAGUUCAUAUGAAACACAAAAUAAUUCAUCAAAAAUUCUUUCAUUACAUGGUUUAUACGUAUUAAUGACGCAGUAUAAUCUUGAAUAUCCAUUCUUUUUUGGUAAACUUUAUUCAUUGUUAACAAUCGAUUUAUUUAGUGCUAAAUAUAAAGCAAGAUUUUUCUACUUACUGGAUAUCUUCCUUCAAUCAUCACAUUUACCAGCAAAUUUAAUUGCUAGUUUUGCUAAACGUCUUGCUCGAUUAGGUCUAUUAGUACCACAACAUGAUCAAUGUUUAAUUAUAACCUUUAUCUAUAAUUUAAUUGUAAGACAUCCAACAAUUCAUGUUAUGCUUGAUAAAAAACAAUCUCAAUCAACAUCAGCCGACAAAGAUGUUUACUCAUCUGAUGAGCUCGAUCCAAACAAAACAAAUGCUAUUGAGAGUUCACUAUGGGAAAUAGAAUCUCUCACGUAUCACCAUCAUCCGGAUGUAUCAAAAUGUGCUCUUGCACUCAUGUCUCUUCGAACAACAAAUCAGGAACGUGAAAUUCAUCCAUUACUUGAAGUCGAUUAUGAUGAGAUGUUUGAACAUGAUAUGAAUCGGCGGAUCCGCUUUAGCAGAAAUAAAGAUAAAGCGAAAGCAACUGAAUGUCCAAUCAAUUUCAAUAUGGCUGUUACUUUGUUUGGUUAA